GGUUAAGUAGGAGAUUAAACUUAGUUAAAAAUACAAAAUCAGUUACGAAGCUCAACCACAAAACUGGAUUUUUUAUUAUCUACAGUCUCCCACCUUCAUCAUCAAGCAAAUAACACCAAAUCUUCCAUAACCAAAACCCAAAAACCGUUUCAUAACUUUCAUUAAAUCCUUCCAAUCUCAAACCUCUUUCUCACAUCAUCAUUUGAUGCUAAUUUGAGCCAUCUUCAUCCUUGCUCCUAAUAUAAAUCCCCCCAUCAUCAUCUGAGUUUAGAUAAACAAGGUCCUUUUCUCUUCAAGGCCUUAACCCAACAAGCCUCUUAAUAAUCACCUUGCUAAUCAACAAGACCCCACUAGGGGUAGCUGAUGUUGUUGUUUCUGCCAUGGACAUAACUAAUAAUUCUAAUACAAGUAUCAAGACCCCUGAAGCUGAGUCCGAGACUCCGACCCGGAUCCAGGCUCCGAAACCUGUUAACACCAAUGGCUUGCUUAGACGCCACCACCCUGUCAUCCAAGCUGCGGUUCAGCCACCGCCUCCGCCACACAUGCCGGUGGUUGGGUACAGAGACUGUCUCAAGAACCAUGCUGCCCACAUAGGAGGCCAUGCUCUGGAUGGGUGUUGUGAGUACAUCCCAGCUCCGGCGAACCCUGCUGACAACACCACCAUCCGAUGCGCCGCCUGUGGCUGCCACCGUAACUUCCACCGCCGUGAAACUGAACACCACCACCGAGCUAUGGUGGAGUUCCAGUCACCCCACCGCCACCACCCACCACCACCUCCCCCGCCGCCACCGCCGCCGCCGCCACACCCCGACAGCCCGAACUCCCCACCGUCUCCACCGCCGAUCUCGUCCGCUUACUACCCCGCUUCCGCCCCCCACAUGCUCCUCGCUCUCAGCUCCGCUCCCCAGGCCGUGGCCCACCAGACCGCCCCCUCGGGCCCACCCCCCAACUCCCGCAAGAGGUUCAGGACCAAAUUCACUCACCACCAGAAGGAGAAAAUGCUCGAGUUCGCCGGGAAAGUCGGCUGGAAAAUCCAGAAGCGCGACGAGGCGGCCAUCUCCGACUUCUGCAACGAGAUCGGCGUCGACAGGGGCGUUCUCAAAGUCUGGAUGCACAACAACAAAAGCACUCAUGCUCGUGGAAACAACGAGAUCAACAAGAACACCACCAAUGAUGCCCAGAAUAGCAGCAGUGGAAGCGAGGACAAGAUGGAGGAGGAUCACAAAGCUGGCCCGAACAAUGCUGCUAAUGGGAAUGGAUCUUCAACUUCGUCUUAAUCAAUAAUAGCUAUUAUAAUAUUAAGUAUGUGUCGUCGUUGUUUAGAACACAGCAUUAGACUAUGUCUAAUGUCUCUGAGUUGUUAUAGGAACUAUAUUAGUACUAUUACAGUGUGUUAAAAUCAGUCCGGUUACUGCUGCUCUUGCAGCAGGUUAGAGUGUUUUAAGUUAUCGUGUCUCAGUGUUUACAUAAUACAACUCUCAGUUCUUGUGUCUUGUCAA